AUGGCGAAUAACAAAAUCCCAGUUUACUUUUUUAGCCAUGGAGGGCCAACCGUCCAGUAUGAUACGGACCACCCAGCUUACCCAGUCCUUCAGAACAUUGGAAAGGAGAUAACCGAGAAGGUAAAGCCUAAAGCUGUCGUUGUCUUUUCAGGUCACUGGGAGGCCGGAAGUAAUUUAAUUGAGGUGAACACCGCCGAACACACAGAUUUGAUCUACGAUUUCUAUGGGUUCCCUCCCGAGUUCUAUAAGGCCCAGUACCCAAAUAGGGGAAGCCCCGAGCUAGCCUCUCACAUCCUCGAUCUCCUGACCAAGGCUGGAAUCAAGGCGAAGGGGGUAACCAGGGGUCUUGAUCACGGUGUAUGGUCGGGGUUCAACGUCGCCUUUCAUCCUCAGGAUAAUCCCCUCAACGUUCCCUUGGUCCAAGUGAGCUUGUACGCCAACCAAGAUGUCGACAUGCAUUAUCGGCUAGGGCAAGCAGUCGCCUCCCUGCGUGAUGAAAACAUCCUCAUCAUCGGCGCUGGAAUGUCGGUACAUAACCUCAGGGACUAUAUGGUGACGCAAGGCGACCCGAGGCCAUUGCCCUACGUGGCAUCAUUUGACGAGGCACUAAAGGAGGCCGUCGAGUCUCCUCCGAGCGAACGUCAGGCUCGCAUGAGCGAAAUUGCUAAACGGCCAGAUGCUAGACAAGCCCAUCCGCGCUUUGAUCACUUAAUGCCUGUCUAUGUAGCGGCUGGCGCAGCUGGUGAUGAUGUAGGCAAGAGGACAUGGACACUACACGAAGGUAGUAUGGGAUGGGCCCAGUAUAGGUUCGGGAAAGUCCCUGCAUCAUAG